AAAAUAAAAGAAAUCUUAAGACAAGGGGGGUAAGAGGUUCUGGAGAGUUCCAUUCUCUCUAAAACGUGUAUGUUUGAGAGAUACAGAGGAGAGAAGAGGAGACACCAAAAAAAAAAAAAAAAACAUUUUUCUCCCCUCUCGUCUCCAAACUUCUUCUUUGAUCGUCUACGAUCUCCUAUCAAUCCCUAAUCAUCCAGAAGAUCAUUGCCUCGAGUCCGUUGAAUCCACUAUAGUACCAAAGUUCUUAUAGAUAUUGAACUGUGGCUCUGUUUUUUUUGGUAGUUGAAUUCAUCGAAAGAAUAUAUAUAUUUUUUUUUGUCUUCUUGUAAGGUAAUGGCGUCGAAAGGCAACGAUGAUUUGUAUGGUGUUCUGGGUUUGAAGAAGGAAUGCACCACCACGGAGCUUCGUUCUGCUUACAAGAAGCUUGCUCUUAGAUGGCAUCCAGAUCGUUGUUCAUCAAUGGGGGAUUCGGAGUUUGUAGAUGAAUCAAAGAAGAAGUUUCAGGCUAUCCAAGAGGCUUAUUCUGUUUUGUCUGACUCCAACAAGAGGUUCCUCUACGACGUUGGAGCUUACAAUAGUGAUGAUGAUGAUCAUGACCAAAACGGAAUGGGAGAUUUUUUGAACGAGAUGGCUACCAUGAUGAACCAGUCAAAGCCUAGUGAGAAUAACUCAGGGGACAGUUUCGAACAGUUACAAGAUCUGUUUAAUGAGAUGUUUCAAGGAGACGCUUCAGCAUUCUCCUCGUCUUCAUCUUCUUCAACUUUCACUUCCUCUUGUAGCUUUGCUUUUGACACCAAUGUUCAGCAGUCACCGUUUGUGACAAACUCGAUGGGGACGAAUGAUCCUUUCGCGUUUGAUCCCAGAGCUCACACCUUCUCUUUAGGGGUGGAACAUCAGCAGGAUUUCAAGAAGGGGAAGAACAAUGGCGGGAGAAGAAACAGGAGGAAGAACAAUGCUCAGUCAGGUGCUCACGAGACGUCGACUUCUUCAAACAACUAUGGAGUCCCCACUUCAUAGUCUUUUUGAAGACCAUCUUUUUUUUUGCUAACUCAUCUCCACAUUUGUCGACUAGUCACACAGAAGAGGACUUGUUCUGGUCUUCUCAACUCAAAGCGUUGUCGUUUGUAAACUACCCUUCUCGUUGGUUCUCUCGGAGUUUUUAUUUCUCUCUCUCUCUCUCUACUCUGUGAUUGAAUUGUUCUCCUAAGCAAGAGUCUUUAACAGCAUCUAGAGAUUGAUGAAUUCAACGAAUACUUGUCCUAAAUUCUUAAUUGGUUUUCUCAACA